AUGACAGGAUCGGUCCCCGGAGAUUCUGAUGAUGCUGUUAUUAUGGAGAAGACCAAGUUCGUCAAGAUGCAGAUUUCGUUCCUGUUUGUGAUAUGCAUGUUGAUGGACAUUGGAGGUAUAUGCUUUCAGAUCUCCAAGAAGAAGCGGGCAUUGAACAGUUUAGUCUUUUUCAUCAACACGGUUUCUUUUGUCGUUUACCUAUCUGCUUGUUUUGGUUGGAUACCGGCCAUCUACUCUCUCGACGGGAAGAGGGUAUCCGUAGAAAGAUUCUUUCAGUGGAUGAACACAACUCCUUGCAUGAUAUUUGUCUUGUCUGCAUUGGGGAAUACUCUACAAAAAUAUCUCAUUCAUGACGUCAAGGAACUUGUCAAAUGCGUCUUGUGGGAUGAGGCGAUGAUUUUCGCAGGCUUGCUUCAUGCUUACCUGGGGUUUUCCUUGUUGGGCUGGAUGUUCCUUUUGACUGCAUGCUUCUGCUUCUACCAAGUGAUGCAAAAACUUCACGGUGCGAUAUUGAUCAGCAUAUCGAAGGUUGCGACAGUCUACGAAGUAGUCUCUCUGCGGGUGCUCGAAAUCUUCACGAUCGUCUUGUGGUCGCUGUUCCCAUUGGUGCACGUGUUAUACUUCUCAGGGACCAUCACUUUCACUCAGUAUGAUAUCGCCCAGUCCUUUGUGGACCUGGCGACGAAGGCGAUUUACUCCGUUACGCUCAUCACUGGAAACUUCUUCCUCCUCGACACCGUGGCAGAACUUCGGCUGGAGCAGCUGCAAGCGGAGAAGGACGCAAGAAACAGCAAGGUUGUGCGCUCCGAGAUGAUGGAUCAUGCCAUGCAGAUGGCGGUGAUAGAGGCCGAGACCUCUGCUCGUCUCUCCUCGCGCUUCCUCGCCAACAUCAGCCAUGAGCUGCGCACACCCUUGAACUCUAUCAUCGCCUUCAACUCCCUGCUCCUCGAGUCCGACGACUUGAGCACCACACAGACAGAGUACGUGACCUCUUCCCUGACUUCCGCCGAAUCUCUUCUCAGUGUCAUAAACCAGGUCCUGGACUUUGCCAAGCUGGACUCGGAAUCCAAACUCUUCAAGACCUCCGGGGAGGAGGAGACACCGAAAGCUCUGCAGCCCUUCUUCCUGGAGCAAGUUUGCGACAACGUUUGUGACAUGAUGAGCUCGAGGGUGGCGGCUCGGGAGGUGGACUUUGCCGUCAAGGUUUCCGGCCACCAUGGACACGAGGAGGGGAAGAAGCUGAUGUUGGUGGGCGACUCGUUCCAGCUGUGUCAGUGCCUUGUCAACCUCUGCGACAACGCUGUAAAGUUCGCACGGAAGACGGGGGGCGAGGCUCACAUGCGCGUCUCCCUCCAGCGAUCCUCGAGCGACUGGGCCGUUGUCCAGGUGGAGGUGCAGGACAACGGAGUCGGAAUCGCCCGCGAGAGCUUGGACCUUCUCUUCAAACCCUUCUCGCAGAUCUCGUCCCAUUACUCCCGCGAGCAUGGAGGCACAGGCCUCGGCCUCGCCAUCACACACAAGAUCGUCACCAGCAUGGGAGGAACCAUCACAUGCUGCAGCGACGGCCUUGAGAAGGGCUCAACCUUCAGGUCCCACCUUGCCUCUCCUGCUCCUCCUCCCUUUGUCCCUGCUCCUCCUGCUCCUGCUCCUUCUUCUCUUACUCCUGCUCCUAUUUCUUCUGCUCUCGGAGUGGCACUGACAUGCAACAGGAUGGUCGUACCGUUCGCCAUUUACAAGCAAGAGGAGGUGGCCGAUGAGCUUCCCGCGGAGGAGGAGAAGUCGCACUCGUCCGAGGACAAACUCCAUCGCCACGACGACAAGCCCCUUCCCCAUGAUCUUCAGCUCGUCCUCUGCAUGGCUCGCGGUCCCUCCUUCCGAUCGGUCGAGCUCUUUUGCCGCAACCACAAGAUGAAGCCUGAAAGUUUCGCUUACGACGGGCCUGAACCCUCCAACAUGUCCAUGAUCCGGCUCGUGUCCAAGAUCAAGAGAACGCUGGGCAGCGACUCUCCCCCUGUCUUCCUCGUGCAGAUCGAGGUGUACAAGGAGCUGCUGAAGAAGCAGAUGCAGCUUCCUUCUCGGCUCCUCAUCUUCGGCUACAUCGACUCUCAGUUCGAGCUGAUAGAGUCGCAAGACGACAUGGCGACUCGGCUGGUUCCCCGGCCUAUCAAGCACAGCUUGCUGCACUCCAAGAUCCACUCGAUGCUGCUGAUUACGGCGGCAAAGACGGAAAGGAGCAGCAGCGUCGCGUCGGGAGACUCCGAGAAGAUCUCUGAGUUGGAUGACGUGAGUCAUCCCGACGAGGAACGGCAGCAGGAGAAGAAGCUGCGCGUCCUCGUCGUCGACGAUCAUUUCGCCAACCAGAAAGUGGCCGUAGCUCUCCUCAACAAAGUGCUCGGCAAGGAUGCUGUCAUUGCAGACAUUGCCAGCGAUGGCGUCGAAGCGCUGAAGCUCGUUGAGGACAAUAAGGACGAUCCCUACAACCUCAUCCUCAUGGACAUUCAGAUGCCCAACAUGGACGGCCUGGAGGCUACGAGGAGAGUGAGGUUGCUGGAGAAGAAAGACUUCGACGAUGCGAGCUCCAGCGACAACUUGCGGGUGGGAGGGUGA